AUGCCUCGCGAAGUUUCGGACAUCAAGCAAUUCCUCGAGAUCUGUCGGCGUAAAGAUGCUUCGUCUGGCCGCAUAAAACGCAACAAGGCUACGAAUCAGAUCAAGUUCAAAGUCCGAUGCCAUCGAUUUCUCUACACACUUGUCCUUAAGGACUCGGAAAAGGCAGAUAAGCUGAAGCAGAGUUUACCGCCUGGGUUGACGAUGGGGGAUGUGCCGAAGAAGAAUAAGAAGGGGAAAAGAGAGGCGUAG